CAUACCGACGAACGAUCGCAGGAGGUCAUCCUUUCUCUGCCGCCAGUUGCAACGCUCCGGUCCCAUCGAAGCUAUGGAGGAAGCACACUCUGUCAGUCGAUAAAAGGAGGCCGUUGCGAUUCUCUUUCAACAAUUUCUACAGCAAACUCAGUAAUGUCUUGUGUUGAUUCGGACACAACGUCGAUGGCCGACGAUCUUGAUGUUGAGCAAAUACGACGUCGAGAGCUUGCUGACGAGGAUCAGUAAGUAUUCUCACAUGUUCUCUGCCACGCAAGAUACUAAUGAGAAGAAACUACGCUUUCUUCAGACUCGCGGGGAAUAAAUUCAGAGAUAGCUGCAUUCCAGGGAAAGUGAGAAUCCUUUGCGCUGGCAGCGGCGCCGUAGACUGGGGACGACAAAUAGCUGUCGAAAACCCCCUCUCGAUGGUGGUGAUCCUAGAAAAAGAGCCAUUUUCUUCACAUUUACCGCGAAAUUGCACGGUGGAGGAGGGAGAUAUCAUCGAAUACCCUCGCAAAGGCUGGGACUACGUCUUCAUUCGAAAUUACCGAGUCGUCACCGAUUGGACCCAGUACUUCAGCCAUCUUCACAGUAUUACCGAACCUGGCGGACGAAUUGAGCUUGUGGACGUGGACGACGCACCAGAAGCUAUUUGCACGUGUGCGCAGCAGCCGACGGAUUGGACCAGAGCCAAAUCGAAGAAAUGUGGCAUAUGCUUGAGAUAUCCUUCAGUCCAGACUCGUCGCAACAUGCUUGGAGUUUCUGGUUUCUCUGAUUUGGCUGUUGUAUAUCACAACCGUCCGCGGCGGGCGCAGAGAAAGGCGGUGGUUUCUAGUGUAGCUAUUAUGGGCAAGGCUUAUCAUAGAGUGGGCAUUAAUUUUUUAGAAGAAAUGUGGUACUAAGGCAGAAAUCCAGGAUACUUUGUUGUUUAGGCAGGCAUUUCGAAUAGCCAAUCAUGAGCCGCUGCAAGAACUCGUUCAACGGCCCAACAGCCACUCCGAUUGAGCAAUCGGAUGGAUGCCCCACUUUCCCCAGCCUUUCGCCUUGCCACGCCAUCUCACUAUACUGCUGGUGUAGAGAACAAUGCCAAAAG